AGCUGCGGGGGCCGGCGCCGGAGUCUGGGAUUCGAUCUGCGAUCCCACCGAGUGCUGGACCAGCCGCGGGCUGCAUCACCCCGGCCUGCGCGCGCCCGCUGCUCUGGGAUCCCCAGGCUGAGGCGCCGGCGGCUGCGGGAGGCCCGUCGGGUGGGCGGAGGGAGGAUCGGAGGGCGCGGGCGCCCCGUGCGUGGAGCGGGCGUGAGGCGGCUGGGGGCCGGGACGCCAUGUCCAUGGAGGACCCCUUCUUUGUGGUGAAAGGAGAAGUACAGAAAGCAGUCAACACUGCCCAGGGGCUGUUUCAGCGAUGGACGGAGCUCCUCCAGGACCCCUCCACGGCAACGAGGGAGGAAACGGACUGGACCACCAACGAGCUGAGGAACAACCUCCGCAGCAUAGAGUGGGACCUAGAGGACCUGGACGAAACCAUCAGCAUAGUUGAAGCCAAUCCUAGAAAAUUCAAUCUCGACGCCACCGAAUUGAGCAUAAGAAAAGCCUUCAUCACAAGUACUCGGCAAGUUGUCAGGGACAUGAAGGAUCAGAUGUCAACUUCAUCUGUGCAGGCAUUAGCUGAAAGAAAAAACAGACAGGCGCUGUUGGGAGACAGUGGCGGCCAGAACUGGAGCGCUGGACCACCAGAUAAAUACGGGCGCCUGGACCACGAGCUCCAGUUAGCCAACUCCCAUUUCAUCGAGGAGCAGCAGGCACAGCAGCAGCUGAUCGUGGCACAGCAGGAUGAGCAGUUGGAGCUGGUGUCUGGCAGCAUUGGGGUGCUGAAGAGCAUGUCCCAGCGCAUCGGCGGGGAGCUGGAGGAGCAGGCCGUAAUGUUGGAUGAUUUUUCUCAUGAGUUGGAGAGCACUCAGUCUCGGCUGGACAACGUAAUGAAGAAACUUGCAAAAGCAUCUCACAUGACCAGUGAUCGGCGCCAGUGGUGUGCCAUAGCCAUCCUCUUUGCAGUCCUGCUGGUCGUGCUGGUUCUCUUCUUAGUGCUGUGAUGGCAGGGCCACACGUACAUGCUGCCUCCUGCACACGGACCCGGGGAGGAGGAGAAGCAGCAAGCCGUGCCGGCUCCUCGCCUCCGUCUCCUGAAAACACAGCCUGCGCUGACUUUUCUCUCUGUGACCCCACAAUGGAGGCAGCCCCUCCAUUCCAGCGCUGGAGGGGCCCGUGGGAAGAGGAAGGGACGACUGCACACUCCUGGCACCGCCUGUCCUGUUCUGAGGACAACUUGCCACUGCUCUGCCUCCCUGGACCUCUCUCCCUGUGGAGGGCCUCUGAGGAAUCCAGAAAACUCCGCAGACUCGGCUAGCGUUCGCUGUUGCUCGUUCCGUCCCAUCCUCUGCAGCUCAGAACCCCCUGCUCUGACUGCAGCUGCUGUCCCGUCCGGAGGAGCCCUGUUGGGACUGGGUGCCCGGGUCUGCUCCAUUGCCCCUUGUGGGAGCGCUCCUUAUCCCCCGAGAACUGGUCAUGGUGGGGGUAAGGCCCAGGGCAGUUUGUGACAGAAAACACAGUGGUUCGUUUUUCAGGGCUAAGUACAGGGAUACAGUUGCUUUUCCAGGCACAUUUUUGUUUGUGGUAAGAAUAACUCAUGGAAAAUAAUGGAAAGCACUGGGAUUUGGGGUGCUAACAGUGCAUGUCUUGAGCUGAAAGGAGGAAGGGCCACAGGACCCUACGUGUGCACAGCCGCGCGUGGGGCGGACAAGGUCUGGCUGAAUUCCUGUGGCUACCCUACGGCCUCCUCCCCAGGGUGCACCUUGUAUUUUUAUAUAUGCUGCUGCUGAGCGGCACACUUUGAGUGGGGUAAGAUCCUGUGGCCCUCCGUCUUGGCGGGAUGGGGUGGGGAGGGGUUAGUACAUUUACUACAUUUAGUCAGAAACUGUUGUGACAAAAAAGGAUAGUUGUGGACCAGGCUUUUCUUACCCUGUGAGACAUGGCAAGAAGAGGGAGGUGAACUUGUUUUGUUUCCCUAAGAUGACAACUUGAUUUUUAUCAUCCAUUCAAAUAACUGAGCCAGUCCAAAUUUAAGUAACAGAUGCUUCAAAUUGAGUUUCAGUUGCUGAGAAACUAAAGUUCAAGCUCCUGGUGAUUUUGCAAAUGCCUCCAACGUGCCCAUGUGUAUAGGAUGUUUUUAUAACCUCCCUGAUGAAUAACGUAAUGUUGACGUAGCAGCUGAAACCAGAGCCAGAGGCUGGCAGCCAGGCUGCUGUCUCCUCACCCAUCUCCUUUGCACGUGGAACGCACAGCGACAUCUGGACAGACUUGUAGCUUUGCCUUCUCCUUCCCUCAUCUUUUGGGGUCCAUUCUUCAGCACACUAAAUUUUUCAAAGUUUUUUUUUUUCUUGUUUUGUGUAUAUUCCUUGGUUUUUGUUUUGUUUUGGGGCUUUUACCCUCCUUUUUUUUUUUUCUUUUUUUUUGUGUUUUGCAAUUUGCAAUGAUGUACUUGCCCAGCUAACUUUUGAAUUGCACUUUUUAAUAAAUGUGUAUAACAAUUUUUUAAAGAAGGGUAUUUUCUCAUACUUAGGAUCAUGGUAGGUAAGGAAAUCUGCCUGUUGAUGAAAGCUAAAAGUAGAUUUAUAAAACUGAAAGGGUGGUUGACAUCCACGUUUACACUCAACUCUAUUUGAGAUAUAAAUAAGUUAUUUCUUUUCAAAUUAGCAAAAAAAAAAAGUGAUUAUUAACAAAGGGCUUCAGAUGUAUAGGGUACUAGAUCAUUUGUUUUACAAAGUUUUGAGACUUAUUCAAAUAAACUUAGAACAGGGACGGUCCUUAGAUUUGAAUUAAAAUAUACAAGUCUGUGUUAAAACUAAAUGUGGACCUUGUCUCAGUACUGUCGUCCAUGCUCUCCAUGUUAUGCGAGGCAGCCGGUGUCAGAAUUACAUAAUGGCCUUACGUAAAAGCCAUGCUGUUGUCCCACUAUUCCUAGAUUUACUAAGCCCUGCAGAACUGUCGUGUGUGUCAGGAGGGCGGCCUGUUGGGAACCCGCAUGAUCACUGAUGAGUAAGAUACACUCUUGACUUCAGCGACCAGGUUUUGUGACCGUGAGGCUUAAUUACUCAAUAUUUGGAUAUAUUUAGAAUCGGCACGCUGACCUCCCUGACUUCAGGUAUUAGCUAAAGAGUGUUUGUCGUGAGCCAGACUCACAGUCUCAAGCGCAAUAGGGAAAUAUUUAGAAAGAGAACAGUUACUGAAAAUACAAAUGCUGCGUGCUUCCUCCCUGUAGGGCCCUGCUCUCUCCAGGCCUCAAUGGAGCUGUUCUUUGAUAGCCGGCCUCUCAGUGUAUCUUCAGAGCCGGCUCUACCCCAAGCAUCACUUCUGGCCCCACUGGCUUGAUCCUGGGGUCUGAGCCUGUUGUACCCACACUGGGUGGUCACAGAGAAGAAGCCAGGGACUUAGGUUUAUUUCUAAAGGCAGUAUUUCCUCCUCAGUGAUCCUAAUGUUACCAGGCUUUGGAGGGCGCCCGCGUGGUCUCUUGGCUGCCUGUCACAGACGGCAGAGCAGGCACAGGUGACACCUCCACGCUGCUUAGAAGCACACCCUGUCACAGAGUUGGGCUCCUUUUCUCCUUCAGUCGUCCACACCUCAUCCCAUAUUCAUCAUUUCUAAAGAACUGGCAGAAUGUGAUGGGUAACGGAGAAAGAGCUCCAUUUGUGUUUACUGGAAGAACAUUUUACUGAUCAACUGAUUUGGGGCAGAAUGGGGAAUGAACCAGAGAGAGUUUGCCAGAGUAGGAGUCCAACUGGAAAGCUAAAAUACCUUAGUUUUCAGUCCUAAUUAUUGAAUCGUCUUUGUGUGGACUGGACAAUCACUGGUGCUCCGUGUGUGUCACUGUGAUGUGUCACAUGAGGAUCGGCGUGCCAGAGCCGAAGCGGGGAGACUUGGUCACUUGCCCACGAUUCUCUGCUUUCAGCCAGAGUUAAACAGACUGAUGGGUCUGGGAGCCAACAACUUGGCAACUUCCUUUCCUUCUCACCUCGUGCGAUUAAGGGCUGUGAAGAGAAAUCCAGUCUAACUCCAACAGAAAUCUGUCUCUGUUAAGUGCUGUACCUUCUGGAAGUGGAGGUGGCAGAGCCAAGAUUUUUCUUCUGGUAAUUUCCCCGUCUGUAAAGUGAGACCGUUACCUUUCUAGAGAAUUUCAUAGCAUUGCAGGAUCUCAAAACUGAGUGAUAAAUAUGCAUUGUUUUUCAACUCUGGACUCUGAACUGUUUGGCUUUACCUUGUACCGUGGGACAAAUCAUAAAGACAAACUUCGGACUGUCUGGAGAGCUCAUGCCUGGAAUGCACUACCUUCCAUUCUCCCUCUUUGUCUUCCUCUCGCUGGCAUUUCUUUCCCUCCUGGAUAUUUUAAGAAUAUUAUUAUUAUUAUUAUUAUUCUUAAAGUGUUCUUUGUCCAUCGAGAGCAGAGAGAAGGAUUCACAGACUGACAGCCCCGUCUCUGAUCUGCGCCCCCCACUGCCCGACACUAAAGCUCUGAAAGUUACAGUCGCGUCUUGGUCACGUUGCUAUGGUCUCCACGUAUUUGGGAGUUCUUUAUAUCAUAGCCUCUUUACAAUACAGCUAUGUGGGGAGGUGAGGAAGAAAGAAAAGGAACUUGUUUCCCUCUGACAUAAGCUAGCGUGUUGGUGCUGCUUUCCUUCUGACGGGACAUUGGCGCUUCUUCGAGGCUGUGCCGCUGGGAACUGUGCUUAGAUCGCCCCACGACCGCCCUACUGCUGGGCUUCAUGGGAACCUUUCUCGGACCGGGUUUGCCUACUGCUGCCAGAUCCUUGUGAGAAAGUGUAUUUUGCCAUUUCUUUUUUUAAGGUUAUGAGUUUGCAAACCCAGAAGCCACUUGAUGAUUCAGAGGGUGUUAGAAACAAGACCACCCAGCUUUGUUGUUCGCUGACCAAAGCCUCUCGGGCCCUGUUUCCUGGCCCUGGCGGCAGCCCAUGCUCCACUCCAGCCAACUUUCUGUCAGCCCCGGGGUGGGGCCAAGUUCAAGGUGGUUCUUUCCUGCUCUGCAGAAAGUAGGUUUUAGCUGAGACCCACUACUGAAUGGCAGUUGCUACCCUGCAAUUAAGGUUUGUUCAGGGAGACGCAGACGUCCUAAUCCUCAGAAAAAGUAUUUGUGCCCUGUCGCCUGUGCAGGGUGAGGAGAGGCUGGCUAGGUGUCCCACUAAGUUAUUGGAACUGCUUGUAAGCGCCAUGUGACCGAUCCUAACUGACCCAGGCUAGGAGAAUGCCCAGGGUGAAGGGGUGGCCUGGAAACCAGGAAAAGGCCAAGGAAAGCAAGCUGUAAGGGAUUACAGAUUCAGUUUUUGUAAGUGGAAAUAUGCUUUCCCUGGCUCAUUUGUAAUUAGAAAUUGGUGUAAUUUGAAAAUAGAAUAUGUAAUACAUGGUAGUACUCAGCAGGACUAAACUGUCAGAUUUUUCUUCCAAGGAUAAAUAACCUGAUAGCGUUUUAUUUUUAAAUAACUAGAAGGUACAAACUAAAGAAGUGCGAUCUAGGAUUAGAACUGAAAAUGCCUGGGUGAUUGCCCGAUGGUGCUUCCUGUCCCCUGCUGCCCCCUUACCCGCCACCCCAGGAAAGCGCCAGAGCUCUGGUGCCAGAAGUUUACAGCCCUCGCUACAAGUAGAUAGGUCUUGCUUCUCCAUAUGGUAGGUCCCCAAAUGUGCUGUGGGACCAGUGGUGGCAGCAUUCCCUGGGAACUUGCUAGAAAUGCAGAUUCUCAGGCCCCACCCUGACUCUGCAUCACAGACCUGGGGUGGGGCCAGCGGGCUGUGUUUACCACGCCCUCGAGGGGAUUCCGUCGCCCACUUUAGGUUGAGAAUCACUGCUGCUGCAUUGUGGAACUUAGGCGACAGUAAACCGUCCCUGCCACUUAACAGCUUCCACAGCUUUGAUUGUAAUCCUGACGUGAAACAAAAUUUGAUGACACCAUACACUUGAAAACUUUUUAAAAAUAGUUGUGUAAAAAAAACCAAAAACCAAAAAAAACACAAAACCCUUAACUAGCCAUCCUUAAAAGUGGUAUUUUUACACCCUGAAGUCUAUCGGUAAUGUUUCUUACUUCUGCUCUUGAACUCAUGUUACAACUAUAUGAAUAAUACUGUUCAGUAUUAAAGAGAAAUGGA